AUGGAGGCCGAUCCACACCCUCCCGACGACCGCAACGCUCGCAACAAGCAGGUCCGCGACAUUCGGGAGCUUGUCCUCAAGAUUUGCGGGAUGGCCAAUUCUUCGAGAAGCAUGUUUGCAAAGGAGAUUGCCUAUGCAGCCAUCACAUUCUGCGUGCCACAAUUCCAAUCUCACCAGGAACAGGAAGUGUUGCUUGGCGUAGUCCAGAAGAUGGAGACUGAAUUUGGCUGGCCAAUUGCUAGCAAGAUGAACGCCCUGCUGGGGGACUACGGCCGACACGCCGAAGCCGAAGCGUAUCCAAUCGAGCAACGGCAAGUAAUCGAUGGGAGGAAUGGCGCAAUGACUCCAGGAAGCAGAGAUAGGCCUCUAUUGGUUGACGACAGGAAAGCCAUCUCAGCAUGA